AUGCCUUCUCUUCUCCUUCGCGCCGCCCUCGCCGGCAGCACUAUUGCCCCAGUCGCCUACGCGUACACGCAGGCCAACGUUGCCUCGCCUUUCCUGUACAAGAACGUCGAUCCGAUCGUGUUCCCAGGCGAAUAUGGCGUCUCGCACAUGCACUCGUUCUUUGGCUCUGAUGCCGUCACUGCCUCAACCACAAGCAGCGCGGAGCUGCAGAAGGGCUGCACCACCGCUGACAACCCGAACGACUUCUCCGUCUACUGGGUGCCACCUCUCAUGUACACCAACGACAAUGGCAAGACAUACGAUUACGUCCCCGUCAUGCGCUUCUCGGCCUACUACAACCUGGGCGAGACUCCCGCCGAGGUCCCCAUCCCGCAGGACCUGAAGAUGGUCGCGGGUUCCGCCUCCGCAACGACCGCCGCGGACUCCCCCGCGGACGCCAAGGUCGAGUGGAUGUGCGAGGGCGACUCGGGCAUCUCGGCCGACGAGAACGGCUUCCCGAGCUCCACCUGCAGCACCCACCUGCAGACGCUCCUGUACUUCCCCCAGUGUGUCAACCAGGGCACGCUGGAGACGGCGUACAAGAGCCGCGACUAUGGCACGGACAACUGGUGCCCCGAGGGCUCCAAGUCCAUGCCCCAGCUGCGCUUCUCCAUCCGCUACGACCUGCGCAAGGUCCUGCCCGACGGGUGGAGCGGCACAGCGCCUAUCAAGCUGGCCAGCGGCAACGCCUGGUCUAGCCACGGUGAUUUCAUCAUGGGCUGGACUGAGGACGCCGCGCAGAACAUGGUCGACGCCACUGCUGCCGACUACAAGUACCACUACUACGCCGUCGACGGCAAGCUCGGCACUGCCGGUACCAAGCCUACCUGCACUCCCACCGAUGCUGACCCCAACAACGGCACCGACGACUACGCUGAGUCUGUCUCGCAGAUGAGCAAGCGUUCCACAUCGGGCUGGACAUCCCGAUCUCGCAUGGCCCGGGCCUAA